UUAUUGUAGUUCCCAGAGCGGAUAAAGAUGGCGGCGGCUGCGGCCUCGGCUGGUCCCGGAGCCUCGGGCUCGGUGCGGGGCCGCUUUCCGGGCCGGCCGUGGGUUGGACGCAGCGGGAGCCGGGCGGAGCGGGUUCGUGUGCCUUUCCAGGUGUCGGCUGAGGCGGCGUGCUCCGAGAACCCGGACUCGGCUCAGCUGCAGAUACUCGGGCUGCACCGGAACCUGAAGCGGCUGAAGGGGGCCUGCGGCCGGGACAGUGACAGCGGCGAGGAAGACUUUGUCGGUUUCACUGCUGAAGAAAGUGCGCUUGGAAGUUCCCUCCGAUUGGCUCUGAGAUCAAACAGAGGUAAAACGCCUGACCCAGCACCGACAAGCUCUCUGCCGAGCGCAGCACCGCCCAGAAAGCCACUAUGUUCCAUACCACCAAGCCUAAGGCAUAUUUUUACCCCUGAGAAAGAGGUCCGUGUGCAUCUCACGCAGCUCGAUCCGUCAUUGUUUAAUAUGGCAAAGUACUCGACCAUUAUUACCCGGCCCAAGAAGGAAGAGGUCCCUAUUGGCCUGGAAAGGCAGAACUCGCCUGCAGAUCCCAGCACAGGAGCAGAACACAAGCUAUACACCGCUGAACCCCCAAAACAGAAAGGGAGGCCUCAGAGGGCAAGGGUUCGCACGUGGAAGGCAAGAGCCUCAGAGGCUUUCCGUCACCACAGCCAAACAGACCACUCGGACCCCAGCCAAGAAGAAACCAAAUGUUGCGAUGAAGGCAACGCAACUGAUAAUUGUGAUGCUCCUUCCGCUGCGACUGACAAAACAGACGAGCAGGAAGAGUUAAAUGAUAGAAAAAGGACUCUGACCAGUCAGGUUAUUGCCCCUUCUGAACUGGAAGGUACUCUGUGUAGAAGAGAAGGGCACGCGAGCAACGCCCAAGUGUUGGAGAAGGAUUUACCUGCCUCACCAAAUAAGGCUUGUCCUGCUUUCAGAGAAGGACAGGGGGACACCCAGGUUCCUAGAGUAAAAUGGAAGCUUUGGGCAGAUUAUAAGCAAGAGAACGAGCUGGAAACUGGCGCUUCAGAAGCAGACGUGACUGCGAAUGAUACCGCGUAUGGGGGCAACAUGGACUUGCCUUUGCCGGAGGAAGGUCUACAAAGCAAAGAAGCUCUCCCUUCUGGCCCAACAGACAGACUACUGUGUCCAGAAGCAGAGGGCCUGCAGGCAAGUGAAUGUCUGGAAAGGGAAGAAAGAAAUCAGUCAGAUGGCUGUGGUACUGGGGAAGAGCAUAAAGCAGACAUAGACUGUGGGUCUGAGGGACUGUUGCUACCUCACCAUGAAGAUAGUUCUGGCUUUCCUGCAUCUGUUUUGGCUGCUGAGGAAACUUCUGUGCUGGAUGUAAACUCCACCAAUGAGAACGCUGGUUUCAUUUUGGCAGCGGAACCUCCUGCUUUGCCAGAUUCCUCCUCUGUCCCCCGCAACAAGAGAGUCAAGAAGUUAAGCAAUAGCAAAAAAGCAAAGAUAUUGCGCGCCAAGAAGGCUGAACAAAUGGCCGCCAAACGCCUGCUGGCAAAAAUAAAGGAGGCGAAUAUUAAAGCCCAGCCCUAUAUGCAAGCUCAGUCUUCCAAGAGGACGGCACCAAGGAACAAGAGCAACGUGGCGCCCGUGGCUAAUGCCCGCCCCUCCCGGGUCAUUAAAGCACCUCGGCGGUUUCUCGAUGAGGCGCAGUUAUCUCCUUUUACAGAAAACCAAACCAAGUCCAACCCAAUGUUGCACAACGCUGAUAUCCUUAGUAGCAGCUUGACCGAACCGGAGCCGGAAGAAAUAUCUGAUCCGCUUCCUUCUCCCACAGACACGUUUUUCAAUCUGUUUAGUGAAGAUCAUCUGUGUUUCCUACCUCCCCUCUCACCUGAGGCAGAAUCCACGCCCUCCUGCCCUUCGUCUGCGUCUUCUCCUACUUUAGUGUCUCUUCCUCCGUCUCUUUCUGAGAGCAAGCGGAAGAAUAUUCUCCGGGCGCCGACCUUCUGUUGGAAUUCAGUUGGCACCGCUGAGCAGGAAGCCCCGUCUACCCUGUGCUCCUCUAGACCUCUCUUUCGCCUGCAGUCUCCUGCCUCUCCACUAGAGCCGUUACAACUCAACUUGCCGCUGUCUGCUCCAUCCUCCCCACCGCCUCAGCCGGUUCCCAAAUUGGAACCUAAAAGGUCUCCCCUUCUCCGUGCCCCGCAGUUCACUCCCAGUGAAGCACAUCUGAAGAUCUAUGAAUCGGUGUCCUUCGAGGACCGGGAUGGCAAAGUACCUUUUUCCCCUCUUCUUUCUAACCGACAGCAUCACACCGACUUCACUUCAAGUGCAACCGCCAGUGUGUGUACAACAGAAACCAUGAGUGCGCCGGCGGCCAAACAGAGUGAUCUAAACGUAGGAGGCCGCCGGGCAAACCAUCUCACUAUACCUAUGUUUGAUUCUACAUUAGAGAAAGGGGAUGGUCUAGAAACGAAUUUGUUGGUCACCGAACCGACUCUAAAACCAUCUGAUCAAAUUCUCUCCGAUCCAGUUGAGACACUAAACUCCGGGUACAACAGGAUCGGGAAACUUGAAAUGGGAGCCAUUAAGUUAGGACCUGUGGACAGCCCUGGGGUGGUAUGUAAAAUGGCUAUCAAAUCGCCAUCACUCUCGCCUACAGACACCCUUGGAGAAAUAGGAAUAUCUUCUGCGGUGAACGACCAGACCUUGUCGGGCACCGACAAAAAAGUCAUUUCCCUGCUGGAGAAAGCCAAGUUGCAGUUAAUACGGAUUGACAAGCAAAAGAACUCUGAAUUGGGCCAGGAUUCACCAGUGCAGGGUCCACGGAUUAAACACGUCUGCCGGCACCCAUCUGUCGCCCUUGGACAGCCUCGAGCCAUGAUUCCUGAGGACAUCCCUAGACUGAGCGCUUUGCCAUUGCACGAGAGAGAACCCCCUGCACCCUCCUCCAUAGCUCAGCCUGAAGAAUCUUCCUCUGCCUCUGAGCCAGAAAGCAGCACGGUGAAGCAGAAGAGAGCUGCUCCAGUACGCAGCAAGCCAAAGCCCCCGACGAAGGCGAGACUCCGUAUGGGCCGCUGCGGCACUUGCAAAGGCUGCUUAGUGCAGGAUGAUUGUGGCAAGUGCAUCAACUGCAAGGACAAGACCAAGUUCGGGGGCCCAAACACAAAGAAGCAAUGCUGUGUGUUUCGGCAAUGUGACGCUAUUCUGGCGCGGAGGCUGGAGAGGGCAGGAAAGAAAGGUCGAAAAGCACCAGCGCCACCACGCGAGAAUCUCCCAGACUCUGACGACAAUUACCCAGAUACCUGGAGGGCUGAGGAAACGGAAGCCAAUGAUCCUGAUUCGCUGUCUCAGCGCAAGUCGUCCCGACGCUGUGUCAGGCAGCGCCCGUUCUACGAUCUUUUCCCUGAUUCCGAGGACUCUGACUACGACCCCGGCCCCAGAGUCUCGCGCAAGAAGACACGCCGAGAGUCAGAUCUGCUCCCUCAAGAGUCCGAGGAACAGAGCAAACCUCGCAGAACUCCCCAGCAGCCUCUGAUUCUUAGGGCUCGCAAGGGCCCAGAGCAAGAAUCCAUAAUGAACGGAGGCUCUGGGAAACUGAAAUCUGCAGAUGGAACUUACCGGUUACGGGUCGAUUUCAAGGAAGACUGUGAUUUGCAAAAUGUGUGGCUGAUGGGAGGACUGAGUGUCCUGACUUCUGUUCCUGUAAACCCAACGCUGAUGUGCCUGCUGUGUGCCAGCAGGGGGAGGCAUAAGCUUCUGUACUGCCAGGUCUGCUGCGAGCCUUUCCAUAGGUUUUGCUUGGAGGAAUCGGAACGGCCGCUGCCCAAUCAGGAAGGGACGUGGUGCUGCCGGCGCUGCAAAUUCUGUAACGUGUGCGGGCAGAAGGGAAAGGCAAAAAAGCCCUUGCUAGAAUGUGAGCUGUGCCAGACAAACUACCAUGUCAACUGCCUGGGGCCCAAUUAUCCUCUCAAAGCGCCUCGUAGUGGCAAAGGCUGGACCUGCUCGGCCUGCAUUCGCUGUAGAAGUUGUGGGAUUGCCCCGGGAAAAGAUGGCGACCUGGAAUUAACGGAAGACAGCAAACUCUGCUCGGAGUGCAGCACGCUCUACGACAAGGGAAACUUCUGUCCCAUUUGUAUCCGUUGCUAUGAGGAGAGCGAGUACGAGAGCAAAAUGAUACAAUGUGCAAAGUGUGAUAAAUGGAUUCACUCCAAGUGCGAGGGGCUUUCUGAUGAAGGGUAUGAGCUACUAUCCAACCUACCUGACAGUGUGGUGUACACUUGCCCCCCAUGUCUGGGCAACAGCAGCCCAAUAUGGAAGGAAGCCAUGCUUUCUGAGCUGACUGCUGGGCUCCACGAGGUACUGCAGGGAUUACUGGCGUUGGAUCCUGCUGCUUCUCUGCUACAUUGUGCACAGUGCUCGGCUAGUGACGGUGGCACCAAAUGCCAGCACGGCCCAUGUGACCUCCAGUCGUUACGGCAGCUCUUGGAAGACGGUCACUACAGCUCAGUAAGCACCUUUAACGACAACGUGGCCUAUAUCAUACAGAAGGGGAUGAAGCAGGAAAACUGUGGCUCUGGAUUCGACGGGAAUGCGCUAAAGAGCUUGUAUUUAAAGAGUAUGGAGAAAAGCUUUAGCUGGUUCAACGCGGAAGAGUCGGAACACUGGCAGACCAAUCGCAAGAUGGAGACCAAAGGCAUUCUUCCUAACGCUGUUCUGCCUCCUUCCUCUGAUCAUAACUAUGCCAACUGGAGGAUAAAGAAAGAGGAUCCACCAAGCAAGGGAGUCGUCCAGAAAGCCACUUCCCCGCCCAAAGUUAAGCUGGAAAGUGACGCAGAACCUGCCGGAGAGAUAAAGACGGAUACGCGUCAGUGCGCUCUCUGCCUGAAAUAUGGCGACGAUGAUCCGAAGGAUGCUGGGAGACUGUUAUAUAUUGGGCAGAACGAAUGGACCCACAUCAACUGCGCUAUAUGGUCAGCUGAGGUUUUUGAGGAGAACGACGGCUCUUUAAAAAAUGUGCACGCUGCUGUGGCUCGUGGGAGGCAGUUACGCUGUGAUAAUUGCCAGAAGAUCGGUGCUACCGUCGGCUGCUGCUUAUCCACCUGCCAUAGCAAUUUCCACUUCAUGUGUGCCCGGGCCAGCCGCUGCUGCUUUCAGGAUGACAAAAAGAUGUUCUGCUCAAAGCACACAAAGUUACUUGAUGGCACGCCGGUAGAAGAGGACUGCUUCGAUGUACUGCGCAGGGUGUACGUGGACUUCGAAGGGAUCAGCUUUAGAAGGAAGUUCCUUCAGGGACUGGAGCCUGACCAUAUCCACAUGAUGAUUGGUUCUAUGAAGAUUGACAGUUUGGGAAUGCUCAAUGAUCUGUCCGUCACUGAAGGGAAGAUUUACCCCGUGGGAUAUCAGUGCUCGCGACUCUAUUGGAGCACACAGGACGCGCGGCGCCAGUGCUGGUACAAAUGCAGGGUCCUUGAACACUGCCCCAACUCCGGAGAGACCCACCCUGAGGGAGGGGAGGGGCAGGAACAGAACAAGACCAUUGUUCAUAGUCCUGGGCCUUUACCAGAUCCCACAGAAAUGGAAGCAGCUUUCAGCCCUCCUCUUCCUGCAGAUACCUCCUCCUCUUGUGGGCAGCCUCCGCCUCUUCAGCCCAACACCAGCGCAACUGCACCCCGCUCUUUUAUAGGUGCACGUAUGAAAACUCCAAACUACUCUCCAUCACGGCGGCCUCUUGGGGGUUCAUCCCGUCCCCUACCUUCACCAGGGAGCCCAACAUCCUCCUCAUUAUCGCACCAUAUCCUCACAGUCAGUGAUCCAGAAGUGACUCCACUUCGCAGGACUCGCAGACCAGUCCCACCUUCUAGAUUUAAUGCCCCAUCAUCCACUCGCUCUCCCGAAGAAACUACCAGCCCGUCCCCGCUCCCAGCUCGCCCAGUGAUUCGACACCGCGCUACGUCUGAGAACGAGGUGCCGACUCCGGCCUCAUGUGGCGGGGCCAGCGAGGUGGAAGUGAUGUCAUCGUCAGACGGGGGGGCGCUGUUGGGACCGUGCGGCGCCCAACUGAUCGUGGGGUCGGAGGGCGACAGCAGUUCGGAGGAAGAUGCCGAUGACCAGUACUACGGUUUAACACGGACAGUCGUAUCUGGUGAUAAAAUAAGCUCUAUGCCGGCCUCUGCAUCCUCUGUUCACAUCCGGCAGUUAGACGGUAUCCAUGACAGCACGGACAGCGAGGAUGGCUCCCAGGGUCCCUGUGGCCCCAUUGGUGGAGGCAAAACUCCUUCCCACAUUCCUUCUGAGAUUGUGGAAUUUGUGCUUAAAAACACAGGGAAUUCCGAGUCUAGCAUCCAGCUGCACCAUAUUGGUCCUCCGGCAUCUGUUGCCUCCUCUUCUUCUUCCUCUUCAGCACAGAACGGCGAUGCGACUCUGCUCUCUAACGGCAAUGGUGCUGUAUCCCGCCAGCCUUCACAAGGGCCGCCCCCUCUUAGGGACCCCCCACAGCUGCAGAGAGUCUGUCACCCGCUAAUAUCUGUGCCUACAAAGAACACUUAUGACGCCCCUCCGGUGUCGGUGAAUGUGCCGACGCCCAAGGUUAUAUUGCUGAAUAAGAUGGGUCAGGUGCUGGUGAAGGUGGAGAAUGGAAACGCAGAGCAGCCGCUGCUGCGAGAGACUUCCAAAGCAGAGCGAGUGACUGCUCUUGCGCUCCCAAAGCUUCCUGCUGUAAAACAUGUUAAAGUCGCUCCGAAAAAUGCCAAAAACCCUCUCUCCGGUCUUCCUCAUCCGCAACCCACGCCGCUGUCUCCUUCCAUGAACACCGUUAUCUUGCAGGCUACGUCCUCCAUUAACCCGGGCCAGUCAUGGACGCUGAGUACCCCUGUGGUGCGCGUGGUGCCGAUGCUGAACGUCAUGCAGGGUACGGGGCAGAUAACUCUGGGCACCCAGGCACUUAUGACCCCAGCAAUCACUGGAAUCCCUCAGACCUGUCUACUGCAAAAUGUACCCAUAAAUAGUGGCGUUUUGAGCGUUGCUUCCUCCGUGCAACCGCAGCAGCCUCAGCUGAAACCUGCCCCGCAACCCCAGGCACGUCUCCAAGUGCAGCCGCAGCUCUCGGUGCUCCAGCCCACGCCGGUCAAGGUGGUGUCUCUUCCUUCCCUUUGUCUCAAGAGGCCACCUUUGCCCAGCAGCACUUGCUUCCCUGUCAAGAAACCAAAACUGGAACAAACCGAUGGACCCAAAGUGGGGGACAAAACGGAUAUUUCUGUCAUAAGUAGUUCUGUGGUGCUAAGUGCCGACCCUGCCUCCAGCUCAGUGGCCGGCACAAGAUUAAACCGGGCCAGGAUCAAGGCUCCCAUGGUGCAGGAAGUGCUGGAUCUCACCUCUCUGAAAGACGAAGAGCAAAGUCUGAAUGAUGGGCUGUUUAUUGAUCUUACUCUCGCUGUGAAAGAUGAAGACUCCCAAGAGGAAACCCCAGUUGAUUCUCCUUCCUUGGCACCGCCCUUAGAAUACAUUCCAAAUUUUGAGAACGAGGAAGAGAAGAAGAGUUCUGUGCCGAGGAGGGACGGCCCCUAUCUGCGCUUUGAAAUCACUAGUGAAGACGGAUUCUACAUCCAGGCUGACAGUGCAGAAGAUGCGUGGAAAGCUGUUCUGGAGAAGGUGCAAGAGACUCGCGGUGUGGGAAAGCUACGACAUUUGUCCCUUUCGGCUAGCAUGAUCGGGACACGCAUGUUUGGAGUCCAGCACGACGCAGUCCUUUUCCUCCUGGAGCAGCUGACUGGCGCGGAGCGAUGCCGUGGGUACAAAUUCCUCUUUCACCCCCAAGAGGUAGAAGAAGGAGAAAUUUCCACCAACCCCUCUGGUUGUGCCCGCAGUGAGGUCUAUGUCAGGAAAUCCACCUUCGACAUGUUUAACUUCCUGGCUUCCCAGCACCGCACACUGCCGGAGAUUGGGCCCUGCGAGGAGGAAGAGGAGGAGGUGCAGCUGAAGUCCACCAGGCGCGCCACCAGUCUGGAUCUGCCUAUGGCAAUGCGCUUCCGCCAUCUAAAGAAAACAUCUAAAGAGGCCGUUGGAGUGUACAGGUCUGCAAUCCAUGGCAGGGGUUUGUUCUGCAAGAGAAACAUAGAUGCAGGAGAAAUGGUGAUAGAAUAUUCCGGCAUCGUUAUCCGUUCUGUACUCACUGAUAAAAGAGAGAAGUUUUAUGACAGCAAGGGCAUCGGGUGCUACAUGUUCCGUAUCGACGACUUCGACGUGGUGGACGCGACGAUGCACGGGAACGCGGCGAGAUUCAUCAACCACUCGUGCGAGCCGAACUGCUACUCCCGGGUCAUCCACGUGGAGGGCCAGAAGCACAUCGUCAUCUUUGCGCUGCGCAGCAUUUACCGCGGGGAGGAGCUGACCUACGACUACAAGUUCCCCAUUGAGGACGCCAGUAACAAGCUGCCCUGCAACUGCGGCGCCAAGAAAUGCAGGCGGUUCCUCAACUGAUCCUCCGGGGGCCCUCGCCCAGCAACAGGCCGCGCCCCCUGGGUGGGUGCAGGAGUCAGGGCGGAGGUGCUGGCACUUCCUUAUAGUUUAGCCUGGCCUCAGGAGAUCCCCCCCCCCCCCAUGGAUGGAUGUGGGGGGGGGGCAGCAUCUCUCCCCUUGUGCAGCUGGCUGUGUGACUCUUUUCUACGAAUCUUAUCUCGGAUUUCUAGAGGGAAUGGAAAGGAAAAAUCGCACUUUACCGUCUGUCCUGACUGUCGGGGGUACAUGGCAAUUUAUGGGGGGGGGUCUCUUCUCCUUCCUCUCAGGGUAUUCUCUAAUUUGUGCUCUGGAUUCAGCUACUACUUUGCUGCUAGUUUUUAUGUUCUGAUAGGGUGGGGCAGGGGCGGCACUGGCCAAUCGGCAAGGACCGGCCUUGGCUUCUGAGGGGGGAUCAGUACGGUCUUCCCCCCCCUGUUUAUUGUGGAGAAAGGGAGACCCCCCCCUAUAUUUGGGAGGAGGAGCAAGCUUACUUUGGGGAUGACAAUCAUUUUUAGUCGACCUCUGACCUGUACAUCAGCAGCCAAUGGGGAGCUGCUGCCUGCCCUGCCCUAACUGCUUUCAGCCAUGUUUGUUUAAUUCCCCCCCACGCAGGCAGUGAGACCACCCAGCCCCCCCCAUCAGACAUAACACACCCUUCUCUUUGCCGCCAUCUUUUUCCCCCCCCCCCUUUUGUUCAUGUUUUCUGACCCUUAGAUUUGUCUCUUCCCGAGGGAACGAAUGGGAAUCCAGUGUGAGACUGAGAACCGCCGCCGCCGCCGUCACGCGCAGGGUGUAUAUAUCUGUACAAAGAUUUGUAAGGACGUUGGUUUUUCUAUGCACUUUUUUUUAUUUAAGGACUUUUCCUGGUGAAUAAUAAUGUUUCAUUGUUUCACCUCCUCUUUAGCAUUUUAAAUAAAAAUGAACAUUUUGCCAUGUU